GAUGCCGAGCGAGGAAGAAGCUGGUGGUCCUGUUCUCAUCGAAUUCAAUCCUAACCGUCCAAACAUGGCCCAUCCUCUCUCAUCAAUCCCAUCACCACCACCAUCAUCAUCAUCACCACCAUCGCCUGCUCAUCAUCUUCCAAUAUCUUCACCAACAGUAAAAACCCCAAACCCUAGGCUGCUGUCGUUCUUCCUCCAAGCCCUAGUCAUGGCCCUCUCCAUAUCCCUCUUCUUCCUCUUCGUCGUCAUCGCCGCCCUCCUCCUCCUCCACAUCUGCGUCGCCGGCAGUGCCCUCCGCCGCCGCAGCCAUAGCCGACGCACUCUCCACCGCCUCCAGCCCCCCGACCGCUCCGAUCUCCGGUCCGGCCUCUCCCUAAAGGCCCUCGACAACCUCCCCUGUUUCCACCACGUCGCCGGCCCUUCCUCCGACUGUGCCGUCUGCCUCGACGUCUUCUGCGAGGGCGACCGCUGCCGGCUUCUCCCCGGCUGUAGCCACUCCUUCCACGCCGCCUGUGUCGACACGUGGCUCGUGAAGGUUCCCGCCUGCCCGAUCUGCCGCACCAGUGUCGUCCAGUGAGGGCGAUGCAUCUUGGAUCAGAGAGACGUUGGGCCCAUCUCAAUUCCUUAAUCCCGAAGAACUUGAAUGGAACAGUUUGAACAAAAAUACUAGUUUUGAUUUUAUUUUUAUUUUUAUUUUAUUGGGGGCGGAACCGAUCAAUGGCUGACAAUGUGAAAAUGGAAAAGGAAAUCUAAUUGCAGGAAGCUUUUUUCUUUUUCUUUGAUGAACCGAUCGAUGGCUGACAACGUGAAAAUGGAAAAAGAAAUCUAAUUGCAGGAAGCUUUUUUCUUUUCUUUUUCUUUGAUACUUACUGUAAUUGGGGUUGGGGUUUGAUACUUACUGUAAUUGAGGUUGGGGUUUGAUACUUACUGUAAUUGAGGUUGGGGUUAUUGUGGUUUACAUUGACAAAAUGAGAUUUCUAUUCUUUUGCAA